AUGACCCUCCUUCAAUUCCUGCGCCAGGCGCGUCAGGUACACCUCCAGUUCCUAGCUGGGGCCCUAUCCGAGCCUCCCAUCUAUGUCGUGGGCAAUCCCUCCGCCGAUCUCGACUCAAUCAUCUCCGCCAUCGUUUACUCCUACUGGGCCAGCAAUCGUCUCCCUAGCACCACCCCACGCCCCCAUGUGCCACUCCUCAACCUCCCGAUCGUGCCUGCCGGCUCUGAGCUAUACCGGCUGCGACCAGAGUUUGUCACUGCUUUAUGGUUGUCCACCAGCUUUCCCGCAUUAAACUCCGACGAACGCUUCGAAAAUUCAUCCGACUCCGCGGGGAAGCUCCUGCGAGAGCACAGCGUCACAGUUGCGGAUUUUGCACAAAGUCUUCGAGACAAUGCGAUAUCGCGACAAAUCUUUGCUGACGCGACAAUGGUCGAUUGGAACGCGAUGCCACACCGCGUCGAGGGUCAAAUUGGACAUGGCUCCAUAGCUGGUCUCUCUGAGGUAUGUUUCCGCACGGUGGGGUGUGUCGACCAUCACGUCGACGAGCACUUCGUACCUAGCCAGGAUGCCCUCCCUGCAGGCCAACCCUUGAUAAUCCAAUCUGGUCCGGGAUCGUGUUCUUCCCUGAUCGUCAAUGAGUUGGUUCGACGUGAUCUCUGGGCCGCAGAAGCGUCUUCCGCCGAAACUGCGCAGCUUGCGAAGCUGGCCCUAGCCUCAAUCCUGAUCGACACCUCAAACCUGACGGCUGAAGGAAAGGUAACGGAGGUUGAUAUUCAGGCUGUGAGGUUCCUGCGCGAGCAGGUUGCGAAGGAGGACCUCAAAUGGGAUGCGGAGGCAUUCUAUGAACAGGUUCAAGCCGCGAAGACAAACAGCCUGGAUUUGUUGACCUUGGAUGAGGUCCUAGACCGAGAUUACAAGGAAUGGACCGAAACAUCUUCAUCUGGGCAAUCGAUCAAACUUGGCUUUUGCUCUUCUGUCAAACCCAUCCGCUGGGUCGUUGAGAAGGCAGGCGCGCCUCAACAGUUCUUGGAGGGCCUACAUGCAUUCGCUGCAGCUAAACAGCUGGAUGCGGUGGUUGUCAUGACCUCGUUCGAUUCCGUGGACAAUGCAUUCUCCAGAGAAUUGCUCAUUUGCGCGAUUGGUGAUUGCGAUGCUGCUGUCAAGGCUGCAGAGGCCUUUGUUGAGCAGAACGCUACUCACCUUGGCCUCGAGAGAUGGUCGCCAGUGGUCUGUGAGUGCCCUGAUUCGACAGAACAUGCGAUUUGGUCUACGCUGAACGGAGACUCGGGGAUUUGGAGACGCUUUUGGCAACAGACAAACACGACUGCUAGCAGAAAGCAGGUCGCACCGCUGCUGCGGAAAGUAGUUGCCAACUCAUGA